AUGUUGGGGAAUUUGAGCUCGGGAACUAGUAAUGGCGGGCAUUCUCAUCAGGGAGUGGUGGCAAGGGAUAAGGGUAGCUUGUGCCGGACUCCGAGAGGGAUAAUCGAUUCCAAAGCUUUAAUGCCGGUUCACGUCCCGCAUUUUGAGCUCAGUGAAGACCCCUCCUUCUGGAACGAUCACAACGUGCAGAUUUUGAUAAGAGUUCGGCCAAUUAACAGUGCUGAGUUGGGCUCCCAAGGUAACACCAGAUGCUUGGUGCAGGAGAGCUCGCAGACAGUGGCAUGGACAGGGCAUCCCGAUACCAGAUUUACAUUUGAUCAUGUAGCAUGCGAGACCAUUUCUCAGGAGAAGCUCUUCAGAGUUGUUGGACUGCCAAUGGUUGAGAAUUGCAUGUCAGGAUAUAAUAGCUGUAUGUUUGCAUAUGGUCAAACUGGCAGCGGAAAGACAUAUACUAUGAUGGGGGAUUUUCAUGAGAUGGACAAUAUGCUCAGUGAGGAUUGUGGGAUGACUCCUCGAAUCUUCGAGUAUCUAUUCAUGAGAAUAAAGCAGGAAGAGGGGGCUAGAAAUGAUGAGCAGCUGAAGUAUAGUUGUAAGUGUUCCUUCCUCGAGAUCUACAAUGAGCAGAUAACAGAUCUCCUUGAACCAUCAUCUACCAAUCUGCAGCUGAGAGAAGACAUGAAGAAAGGUGUCUAUGUUGAAAAUCUCAAGGAAUGCGAAGUAUCUUCUGUCAAGGAUGUCCUUGAACUUCUUCUAAAGGGAGCUGCAAAUAGAAAAAUUGCGGCAACCCGCAUGAAUAGUGAGAGCAGUCGCUCCCACUGUGUUUUCACCUGCAUCAUUGAGAGCCGAUGGGAGAAAGACUCAUUGCUACACCUUCGAUAUGGACAGCUGAAUUUAGUGGACCUUGCUGGUUCCAGUAGGCAGAAAAGCUCUGGUGCAGAAGGAGAGCGUUUGAAGGAAGCUGCAAAUAUCAAUAGAUCCUUAUCAACUCUUGGACUAGUAAUAAUGACGCUGGUCGAUGUAGCAAAUGGGAAAAAUCGUCAUGUUCCUUACAGGGAUUCUAAGCUCACUUUUCUUCUUCAGGAUUCCCUCGGUGGAAAUUCUAAAACAACAAUUAUAGCAACUGUCAGCCCAUCAAUCUGCUCGGCGGGUGAAACACUGAGCACUUUAAAGUUUGCCCAACGUGCCAAGCUAAUACAGAACAAUGCUAAAGUGAAUGAAGAUGCUUCAGGAGAUGUAAUGGCUUUACAGCAACAAAUACAAAAACUGAAGGAUCAGGUGGUCUUUCUCAUCAAGCAUCAGAAUAUCCAGAGGUUCCCGGGUCCUUUAUCUACGAGUCUUGAGCAAGUCAAUUUGCAUGAUUGUCAUGAUGAUCAUGGUUCUUCUCAAAAUGGUAACCCUGAUGCUCUCAAAGAUCCCAGCCUCCUAAAUGAAAAGAUUGAAUUCCUGGAAACUGCUUUAAUUGGCUCUUUACGAAGAGAGAAAAUGGUAGAGGCUACAGUAAGGAGAUUAGAAGCUGAAAUUGAGCACAUGAACAGACUGAUCCACCAAAGGGAAGAGAUGAUGCCCAACAUAUCAAAGCCAUACUGGAAAUGCUUGCUGACUGACUUGUUAUCUUCUGAUGGAUAUCUCAUGGAGGAAAAAAUUUCCCUUUCUGAAGAGAAUAAGUUAUUGCGAGAAAGAAUAGAUAGGAACCCAGAGUUAACUCAAUUUGCCCUGGAAAAUAAAAGACUGUUGGAGCAACUUAGAGUGUUUCAAGAAUUCAAUCAAGAAGGAGAACGUGACAUGCUACUAUAA